GAAAUAUCGAUGGAUGUAGAAAUGAAUAUACAGACAAUAUGUAUGAAUAUGCUCCGAGGCCAAAUUGUAGUACCUAUAAACCAGAUUGCGGCUCAAAAUAUUUGUUUUGUGACCUCUCCAAUGGAGACCCUCAUUGCGCGGCAAAAGCGCGUCCGGGAGGAAAUUGUACAGGAUUCUUCAAAGGAGAAAAAGUUUGUUAUAACAGUGAAUGUGUGAACAAUGUCUGUGUUGGUCAACCGGUAAAAUAUUGAA